AUGGAGCAAAAGAAGCAGAAGCAGAAGCAGAAGCAGAAGCAGAAGCAGAAGCAGAAGCAGAAGCAGAAGCAGAAGCAGAAGCAGAAGCAGAAGCAGAAGCAGAAGCAGAAGCAGAAGAGUACCUUGCUACGUAGAGGUAAGUGGAGGCUAUACGGAGACCAUGCCUUACCGCACCGUCCUGGAGCGGUCCGUACUAUGCGGUAG